GGCUUUUUUAGCGUUGUUUCGCGCUAAACAGGGCUGCGGAAACCGCACGGCUGGGUUUCUGGCUAAAAGCUCUUUAUGAACGGCUCAGCCAACCAUACGACGCCCGCGAGACGCCGCCGACGUGCUAGCAGACACCAAGCAGCACCGUCCUCGUCGACGCCGUCGCAGCGUAACGGGACGCCGCGGCAGCGUAACGGGACGAUGCGCCAAGACAAGCCCCUCCAGCGCUACGCCCAUAAGCACAAGCAGGCCCUGUGGCCCCUGACCAUCACCGCGUGCUUGAUCGGCGGCGCGGGCGUCUUCGAGUUGCUACGGGUCUUCGCCGCGACGCCAUGGUGCCGGCCGAUCUGCUACAUCCUGGUAGGCUUUACACUAGCUCUGAAGGCCUUCUCAGUACAUGUGGCCAAUGAAGGCGGCCCCAUCGCGUUGUUGCCCACACCGUUGAAACGGUGGCUCCUGACCACUUCUGUCUUAGAUGCUGCUUCAGAAGUAGCCAUGCUCGUCGACUUCCAGCACUGGAUCGGCGUGUUUAUUCACGCCAUCCAGAUGCUGCGCUUGGACUCUCACGAGCGCGAGGAAAUCCUGCACAAGCUCGGACCUACCAUACGAAGGUGGGCGACGCGACCCGGGCUGCUGCGAGCGAUCCGGCCCUUGCACGACGCUUUAGUCUGGGAGGAAUCGGAUGAUGACGACGAGGUCCCGGUCGCGCGGCCCGUUUCUGAAACGAGUGACCUCACGCCCGACGCCGCCGCGUUCGUCGAGGCCGCGGCCAAGAUCAACCCCUGGUCGACGCUCGUGCACAUCCUGUCGACGCGGGCCUACCGCUCGUUGCGGGCGAACUUGUCUCCUUCGGCGCUGGCGGUGUCGGCCGCGGUGCCGGCGGGCCUGGUCGCUGCGGUUUUAACGAGGCGGGACCACCGGAUCCUCUUGCAGCGGGAGUUCUCGCGCAUUAUUCUGACGGGCGGCGCCGUCGCGGCGGCCGUGCCGUUCGCCGCGCUAGUGGGCUUGCACGUCGCCCCGGGUCCCGAGGGCCACAACGACCCGACCUCGCCAGUUCCCGAAAGAGCGGGUCCCGGCGCUUUGGCCAAAGCUGGUGGUUUGGCGGCGGUCGUCUUUUCGGUCUUCGGCGGGCUCCUGUCGCCGGCGGCGUGGCGGACGACGUUCCGGAACUGUUUUAUUGGCGGGGGGCUGCGGUAACUAUUUUGUGAGUUUGACUUU